CUGGUUUAUCUUUCUCUUUCUCUUUCCCAUUCUCUUUCAGUCUUAGUUAUGGAAUUCAUCAAGGCUAUCUUGAUGGCACCUCUGCAUCAUUGCAUUCACAGAGACUUUCAUGAAGCUGUAGCAAAGAUGACUCUCAUAGACAAGUUUCUCUUCCUUAUCAUGCAUUCCAUUGAUAAGUUGGGGAUAUGGCACCGGUUACCGGUGUUUUUGGGGCUGAUAUAUCUAUCAAUUCGGAGACACCUUCACCAGGAAUACAACUUGAUUAACGUUGGGAGAACACCGGUUGGUGUUCGGUCUUGCCCGGCUGAUUUUCCAUUCAGGACUGCUGAUGGUAAAUUUAACGACCCUUUCAAUGAAGGUGCAGGCAGUGAAGGGACUUUCUUCGGCCGCAACAUUCCUCCUGUUGAUCAGAAUGAUAAGCUCCUGAAGCCGGAUCCUAUAGUGGUUGCCACAAAACUACUGGCACGUAGAACAAUGAAAGACAAUGGAAAGCAAUUCAACAUGAUAGCAGCUUCUUGGAUACAGUUCAUGAUUCAUGACUGGAUUGAUCACUUAGAAGAUACCAAUCAGAUUGAACUUACGGCACCAAGAGAAGUUGCAAAUCAAUGCCCACUUCAAUCUUUCAAAUUUUACAAGACUAAGGAGGUUUCGACUGGUUUUUAUGACAUCAAAAGCGGUUACUUGAACAUCCGAACCCCUUGGUGGGAUGGAAGUGCUAUUUAUGGGAGUAAUGCAGAGAAGUCGGAGAAAGUGAGGACUUUCAAAGAUGGGAAGCUAAAAAUAUCAAAAGAUGGCCUUCUUCUUCAUGACCAAGAUGGUACUGCUCUGUCCGGCGAUAUUCGUAAUGGCUGGGCUGGCCUUUUCACAUUGCAGGCCCUCUUCAUCCUGGAGCAUAAUGCUGUCUGUGAUGCCCUCAAGAAAGAGUACCAGGAGAUGGAGGACGAAGAAUUAUACCGGCAUGCAAGGCUUGUGACUUCUGCUGUAAUUGCAAAGAUCCAUACCAUUGAUUGGACUGUUGAGCUUCUUAAAACUGACACGUUGCUUGCUUCAAUGCGUGCCAACUGGUAAAACAAACUUUU